ACCCAAACAAACCGCCUGUCUGUGGAGCAAGUUUGAAGUUAGUUAGUUCACAGGUCUGUUUAGUGACCGGUUCAGACUGAUUUUAACCUGUGCAGACUGAUUUUAACCUGCACAGCUUCAGCUGAGAGCCCGACAUGGUCUCCACGAUCCAGAACACCGACGUGAAGCAGAAAGAUGCUGAUCAUGCCGUGGUUGUCGCGAUAACGUCUCAUGCAGCGUUUGAAUCUGGAGCUGAUGAUGGUGAUGAGGUUUACAGAGAGGGUGUGGCUUUCCCGCUGCUGCAGGCGCUUCAGAAAGUGAAUGAGCGUCUGCUGGAGGAAAAUCCUGCUGAGUCGCUGCUGUUUGAUGUCAUCCUGAUCACCACCGACAGCCAACAACAGCAGCAGAGCUCCCGUGUCAUCAGCAGCACCAGACAUUACGGUCUCGAAGUCAGCAGGUUCUGUUUUUCCAGUGAGGAGGAUUUCAUUGAGAGUUUACAGAAAAAUAAUGUGAAGCUGUUCCUGACCACGGACACAAACGAGGUGACGCAGGCAUCACAAACAGGUGUUGUCUCUGUGCUGCUGGACCAGCAGACAGCUGUUUGUCCAUCAGAGCAGCUCAGAGUAAUGUUCUGUGGGGAUGCUGUCAUCCGGCCCGACACUGGCCCAAUGCCGUUGACCCGACAGGCCGCUCAGAGUUUCUCCACUCAGCUCGGCGAGAUGCGGCAGAAAUUCGGCAUGUUCGACAGCCCUCUCAGCUUCAUCCUGGUGACGUCGCAUGGCGGCAGGGAAAGCUGUCGUGGUGCCUUGCAGAUGCUGCGGUCACGCGGAGUAAGCGUGGACGAGGCGUACUGCCUGGCUGGUGCCCCACGGGGACCCAUGCUCUCCCUGGUCCAACCUCACUUCCUGCUCAGAGAUGGCUACAGCAGCCUGGAGGAGUGAUGACAUCAUGACAUGUUAUCUCAUGACAUGUUAUCACAUGACAUCAGAAAAAACUUUGGCGUGUCUUUGCAAGAAUCUGCUAAAGCUUGAGACUGAACGAGUUUAAACAAAUUCGUUCAGCUCAUUAAGCGUAAAAAACAAUCAGUCAUCCUGAUGGAAAGCCUGCCCAUAAAGAAACCACCAUUUUUAUUAUUAUUGUUGGAAUCAAUCAAUCAAUCAAUCAAUCAAUCAAUCAAUCAAUCAGAACACAGUCAACAUGUGUGUAACUCUAUUACAGUCCAGCAGAGGGCAGUCUAAUGCUGAAACUUUACAGAAAUCUGAUCACGUUAAUGUUGAGAAGAAAGUUGGUAAAUUAUAUAUACACUAAAUUGAACUCUUCUUGUGUUUGACCUUUUGGCCUUAAAUUCUUUGCACUUUUGUCAAGGUUUCUGCUGCUGUGUUUACUUUCUCUGGUCUUGCCUGUUACUCUGUUUAUUUUUCAUCUGUAUUUGUGACUUAUUGUUUGUAUUUAGGCCUCUCCACAUCACUUCAGAUCAGGAUUAAGUUAAACUGGCUCUGUCAGGCAUUCCCAUCAUGUCCACUGGAUGUGUGUCUCUUGUCUAUGUGUUUCAGUCUUCAGACACAUUUUUAUAUUGCUCAGAAUUGUUUGUUGUGUUAUAAGGCAGACUGGAAACAGCAGCUUUUACUUUUCUUCUUUUGGUUAUAAUGAGAGUACACAGCACACAACGUCUAACCUUUAUUUUCUGAAAAUAUAAUGGAGCCCUUGAAGCCUUGAAAAUAGUUUUUUAUAUACAAGAUAAGAAACAUCUAUGAUGUGUGAAGGCUCAUGCGCAUGUACAAAGGCUCAGCAGCG